UAGUAGCGCAGCUAUUCGUUCUCAUUAUCGUAUGAAAGAAUCAACAAAUAAGAUUACUGUAAUCAUAAUCGGGUAUCGUUCGAAUAUACAUUGUUUCUAAGCCCUCCGGCCGCAUAGCAUGUGUUUGCAAAAGAAAAGUGGGUGACGAAAAUAUUCGAAAAUAAUUGUGAUAUUUCUGCGGAAAAUGGUGUUGUGAUUUCUUUUUGUGAUAUUUUUAAGUGUUAAAACACUAAUCAUGGGUGAAGAUAGGCGUGCAGGGAACAAUACGCCUUUGUUAAGACAAUGUUUCAUCACGGCCGGAGUGUCGCUGAACAUCAUCGGCCACGGCUGCGUCAUCGGCCUGGCUGCGGUCCUCAUACCAGCUCUCAGGAAGCCUGAGUCUCACAUCAAGGCUACCAUUGCUGAGGAAUCAUGGAUAGCAUCCAUCAUCGGCUUCGCGCUAAUCAUGGGGAACAUCAUCAUCACUCCAUUGAUGGACAUCCUUGGAAGAAAGAAGUCCCAUUUGUUGACCAUCGUGCCAAAUAUGAUUGGCUGGUUCUUGCUUCUAAUGGUCAACAACGUAGCUGGUCUGAUCACUGCCAGGUUCCUUCAAGGAGUCGCUAUGGGCAUGCUAGGGCCUCUUGGCUCCAUAAUAAUUGGAGAAACUACUGAUCCUAAGAAUAGAGGGGUGUUUUUGACCUGUGUAUCCCUUUCCUUAACUAUUGGAGUCAUGACUUCACAUGCCUUAGGAACCUAUUUUACCUGGCAACAGACUGCGCUGAUGUGUUCGUUUAUAACCUUCGGAAGUUUGAUAUUAAUAAUCUUCAGCCCAGAAUCGCCUUCUUGGCUGAUUUCUAAAGGAAGAUACGAGAAAGCUAGGGAAGUCUUCUUCUGGUUAAGAGGAGAAGAUGAAGACCAGAAGAAUGAGUUGGAAAACAUGCUUCUAGCUCAAAAAAUGGUGAGAAAAUCCAGUGUUGAAGGACAGAAGCUGUCUCUAGCGACGAAGAUUAAGAGGUUUUGCAGCUACUUGAACCUGGCUUGUCGGAAGCCUGAAUUCUACAAGCCUAUAACCAUUAUGUUCUUGACGUAUACCAUGUUCCAAUUCGCCGGAAUCAACGUUAUUAGCUCGUAUGCCAUGGACAUCAUACACCAGGUCGUCGGCCCAGAUGCCAAUGCGAAGUUCUGGAUGGUCGCUUUGGAUAUAGAAAGACUAGUUUGCAACAUCCUGGCGGUAUUUUGCAUGAAGACUAUGAAGAGAAGGAUGCUUCUAUUCAGCUGUGGAGGUCUCUGCAUCUUCAGUUACUUAGGGAAAGCUGCUUACGUUUACGCUAAAGGCAAUGAUAUGCUUCCGUACGACGGGCAAUGGAUACCGAUCACAUUAAUAGGACUCUACAUGUUCUCUUUAACAGUAGGCAUAUCAUCUGUCACCUUUGCUAUUUCUGGGGAAAUAUUCCCAUUAGAAUAUCGAGGUUUGGGAGGCGGAUUAGGUAUCUUAGGUCUGUCGUUAAACUUCUUCAUAGCUGUAAAAUGUUUCCCAAUGUUGACCACUGGUAUGGGUCUACCGUUGACCUAUUGCCUCUAUGCAGGUAUAGUGGUGGCAUGUCUCUCUGUAAUCUGGUUUAUGUUGCCAGAGACAAAAGAUAGGACUCUGCAAGAGAUAGAGGAUGAGUUUAGGGGAGUGACAGCAGCUGACAGGAAGUGUGUCAGGCCGUUAAAUGGAAAUGCUAGUGGUGAAAUGAGAAGGUGUAGUUCUCAUAUUCUUUAUUAAGGAUGUAGUCAAGAUAUCCUAUGGUAUUUGUAGUGUAUUGGGCUUGAAUUUAUUGUGAGGGUAGACUGACAGUUGUCUCGAGCACAUGCGUUACUGAGACAGUCUAUGUUCAACCGUCGUACAGAGCGGAUGUGUGGCGGUGUGUGACGAGCCAGGUACACAAACGACUACAAAAUCCAGGAUAUUACAGUUUUUUUGUAUAUAUUCAUUCAUAUAUUAGUUAAUGCACUUACCUGUAGCAAAUUCUACACAAACAAAAAUGUUAGGAGUCAUUUUUGGUAAGUAUUUUGAUGACCAAAAUAUGUUAGCUGUUGGCCGCGAUUCCUGCUUAAUUUUAUUUUAAGUUAU